AUGCAGAGGAUUCGGCGGGCUAGGUGUGGCCCUGAGUUAUCCACUCAAGAGGUGUUAUGGGCGGGCGCCAGGCCUGGCGACUCGGCAUUGGAGGAGAAUUACUCUGUUAUGUCUGGUAACACGCUGGAAAGAGAACAAACUGAGGGCAGGACCCUCUCGAGAAUUGGUCGGAAGCCCAUACCCAUUCCUGUGGGAGUGGAAGUCGAGGUCCAUUACGGGGGAAUGACUGUAAAGGGUCCCAGGGGUAACCUGACCCAGAAUUAUCCUACCCGAGUAAGGUUCGUAGAAGAUGGCAAUGUGCUGGUGGAACGCAUUUCCGAAAGGAAGUUUCAUCACUCUCUCCAUGGCCUGACUCGAAGCCUCAUCGCCAAUGCCAUCGUGGGCGUCACAGACGGUUACACCAAGACACUGGAAUUAAUGGGUGUCGGCUACCGGGUACAACAGUCAGGUGAGGGUAUUGUCCUUAAUGUGGGUUUCAGCCAUCCGGUGGAAAUCCAGCCACCUGAGGGCGUAACCAUGGAGGUUGAGGGAAUCAACCGCGUCCAUGUCCGUGGUAUCGACAAGCAGAAGGUCGGAGAAUUGGCAGCUCAGGUAAGGAAAGUGCGCCCGCCCAAUGCCUACAAGGAAAAGGGAAUUCGGUAUCAGGGAGAAAUUCUCCAUUUCAAGCCCGGCAAAGCGGCAGCUCGCAAGGCCUAA